CUUCCCGACGAGCUGCGCGGCGGCCGGGUGGGUGUCGGCGGGGCAGUCCGGCGGGCAGCGGCGGUUCCGGUGCGGCACAGCGGGUGGACGAGCGGGCGGGACGAGCUGAGCGGGACCAAGCGGGAUGCGGGGCCGCCGCCGCCGCUGCUCUCCCCGCUUCCUAAGAGUCUGAGACCCGCCGGGCCGCGCCCCCUGCCCAGGCCCGCAGUCCGAGCAUUCCGCGCGUUCCGAGCGCGGGCCGGGCCCAGCGCCGGCCGCGGCCGCGUCCCCGUCCAGUCUCGGGGGGCCCGCCCCCUGCCUGCGCCCCCUCCCCAUGCGCGGCGCCCAUGCGGACUGAGCCCCGCCCCCCGGCCCCGAGCCCGCCGAGCGCCGCCGCCGGAGCCCGCGCCGCCCACCCGCACCAUGCUCAAGUGCAUCCCGCUGUGGCGCUGCAACCGGCACGUGGAGUCGGUGGACAAGCGGCACUGUUCGCUGCAGGCCGUGCCCGAGGAGAUCUACCGCUACAGCCGCAGCUUGGAGGAGCUGCUGCUCGACGCCAACCAGCUGCGCGAGCUGCCUAAGCCCUUUUUCCGGCUGCUGAAUUUGCGCAAGCUGGGCCUGAGUGACAACGAGAUCCAGCGGUUGCCUCCCGAGGUGGCCAACUUCAUGCAGCUGGUGGAGCUGGACGUGUCCCGGAACGAUAUCCCUGAGAUCCCAGAGAGCAUCAAGUUCUGCAAGGCUCUAGAGAUCGCGGACUUCAGCGGGAACCCCCUCUCCAGGCUCCCUGAUGGCUUUACUCAGCUGCGCAGCCUGGCUCACCUGGCCCUGAAUGAUGUGUCCCUGCAGGCACUGCCCAGGGACGUGGGCAACCUCGCCAACCUGGUGACCCUGGAGCUCCGGGAGAACCUGCUCAAGUCCCUGCCGGCGUCUCUGUCUUUUCUGGUCAAGCUGGAACAGCUGGAUCUGGGAGGCAACGACCUGGAAGUACUGCCAGACACUCUGGGGGCUCUGCCCAAUCUUCGGGAGCUGUGGCUUGACCGGAACCAGCUGUCAGCACUGCCCCCGGAGCUCGGGAACCUGCGGCGCCUGGUGUGCCUGGACGUGUCGGAGAACCGGCUGGAGGAGCUGCCUGCUGAGCUCGGUGGGCUGGUGCUGCUCACUGACCUGCUGCUGUCCCAGAACCUGCUGCGGAGGCUGCCCGACGGCAUCGGUCAGCUGAAGCAGCUGUCCAUCCUAAAGGUAGACCAGAACCGGCUGUGCGAGGUGACUGAGGCCAUCGGGGACUGUGAGAACCUCUCUGAGCUGAUCCUCACGGAGAACCUGCUGAUGGCCCUGCCCCGCUCCCUGGGAAAGCUGACUAAGCUGACCAACCUCAACGUGGACCGGAACCACCUCGAGGCACUGCCACCCGAGAUCGGGGGCUGUGUGGCACUCAGCGUCCUCUCCUUGAGGGACAACCGCCUGGCUGUCCUGCCACCAGAGCUGGCCCACACGGCAGAGCUGCACGUGCUGGACGUGGCAGGGAACCGGCUGCAGAGUCUGCCGUUCGCGCUCACCCACCUCAAUCUCAAGGCCUUGUGGCUGGCAGAGAACCAGGCGCAGCCCAUGCUCCGGUUCCAGACGGAGGAUGAUGCCCAGACUGGCGAGAAGGUGCUCACCUGCUACUUGCUGCCCCAGCAGCCCCCACCCAGCCUCGAGGAUGCUGGGCAGCAGGGGAGCCUCUCGGAGACCUGGAGCGAUGCCCCGCCGAGCCGCGUCAGCGUCAUCCAGUUUCUGGAGGCCCCCACAGGUGAUGAGGACGCUGAGGAAGCUGCAGCCGAGAAGCGGGGCCUCCAGCGCCGGGCCACACCUCACCCCAGCGAGCUCAAGGUGAUGAAGAGGAACAUUGAGGGGCGGCGGAGCGAGGCCUGCCCUUGCCAGCCAGACCCUGGGUCGCCCUUGCCUGCGGAGGAGGAGAAGCGGCUGAGUGCUGAGUCUGGCCUGAGUGAAGACUCUCGCCCGUCUGCCAGCACAGUCUCUGAGGCUGAGCCCGAGGGCCCAUCGGCUGAGGCACAGGGUGGGAGCCAGCAGGAAGCCACGACUGCUGGCGGGGAGGAGGACGCUGAAGAGGACUACGAGGAGCCCACAGUGCAUUUCGCAGAGGAUGCACUGCUGCCGGGGGAUGACAGGGAAAGUGAGGAGGGGCAGCCUGAGGCCCCCUGGACGCUGCCGGGCGGGAGGCAGCGGCUCAUCCGCAAGGACACGCCUCACUACAAAAAGCACUUCAAGAUCUCCAAGCUGCCCCAGCCUGAGGCCGUUGUGGCCCUGCUGCAGGGCAUGCAGCCCGAUGGAGAGGGCCCUGUGGCUCCCGGGGGCUGGCACAAUGGCCCCCAUGCACCCUGGGCUCCUCGGGCCCAGAAGGAGGAGGAGGAGGAAGAGGAGGAGGAGGAGGAAAACAGGGCUGAAGAGGAGGAGGCCAGCACUGAGGAGGAAGACAAGGAGGGGGCCGUGGCUUCUGCGCCCUCUGUCAAGGGGGUGUCGUUUGACCAGGCCAAUAACCUGCUGAUAGAGCCUGCUCGCAUUGAGGAGGAAGAGCUGACCCUCACCAUCCUGCGGCAGACUGGGGGCCUGGGCAUCAGCAUUGCGGGCGGCAAGGGCUCCACACCCUAUAAGGGGGAUGACGAGGGCAUAUUCAUCUCUCGGGUGUCUGAGGAAGGCCCUGCGGCCCGGGCUGGAGUCCGUGUGGGUGACAAGCUCCUGGAGGUGAAUGGUGUGGCUCUGCAGGGCGCCGAGCACCAUGAGGCCGUGGAGGCGCUCCGGGGGGCCGGCACUGCUGUGCAGAUGCGAGUGUGGCGGGAGCGCAUGGUGGAGCCUGAGAACGCGGUCACCAUCACGCCUCUGCGACCUGAGGAUGAUUACAGCCCCCGAGAGCGGCGGGGAGGGGGGCUGCGCCUGCCCCUGCUCCCGCCUGAGAGCCCUGGGCCCCUCCGUCAGCGCCACGUGGCCUGCCUGGCACGCAGUGAGAGGGGGCUGGGCUUCAGCAUUGCUGGUGGGAAAGGCUCCACACCCUACCGGGCUGGUGAUGCGGGCAUCUUCAUCUCCCGCAUUGCCGAGGGCGGUGCUGCUCACCGCGCAGGCACACUGCAGGUUGGCGACCGCGUCCUCUCUAUUAACGGAGUGGACGUGACUGAGGCCAGGCAUGACCACGCCGUCUCCCUGCUGACCGCAGCCUCCCCCACCAUCGCCCUGCUGUUGGAGCGGGAGUCUGGGGGUCCUCUUCCUCCCAGCCCUCCGCCACAUUCCUCCUCACCCACCACCGCUGCUAUUGCCACCACCAGCACCACCACCACCAGCAUAACCACUGCCACCCCCGGGGAGCCUGGGUUGCCAAGCCUGGCCCCCAGCCUGCUGGCCGCCGCCUUGGAAGGGCCAUACCCAGUGGAGGAGAUCCGUCUGCCAAGAGCUGGGGGCCCUCUGGGGCUUAGCAUUGUCGGAGGCUCUGACCAUUCCAGCCACCCGUUUGGUGUCCAGGAGCCUGGUGUGUUCAUCUCCAAGGUGCUCCCGCGGGGCCUGGCCGCUCGCAGCGGCCUGCGGGUUGGGGACCGCAUCCUGGCAGUGAACGGGCAAGAUGUGCGGGACGCCACGCACCAAGAAGCAGUCAGUGCCCUGCUGCGGCCCUGCCUGGAGCUGUCACUGCUGGUGCGGAGGGACCCAGCACCCCCGGGCCUACGGGAGCUGUGCAUCCAGAAGGCACCCGGGGAGAGGCUGGGCAUCAGCAUCCGAGGGGGUGCCAGGGGCCACGCUGGCAACCCCCGCGACCCCACAGACGAGGGCAUCUUUAUCUCCAAGGUGAGCCCCACAGGGGCGGCCGGGCGCGACGGUCGGCUGCGCGUGGGUUUGCGGCUGUUGGAGGUGAACCAGCAGAGCCUGCUGGGCCUGACGCACAGCGAGGCGGUGCAGCUGCUGCGUGGCGUGGGCGACACCCUCACCGUGCUGGUCUGUGACGGCUUCGAUGCCAGCACCGCCGCAGCCCUGGAGGUGUCCCCAGGUGUCAUUGCCAACCCCUUUGCGGCAGGCAUCGGCCACCGGAACAGCCUGGAGAGCGUCUCUUCCAUCGACCGGGAGCUGAGCCCUGAGGGCCCAGGCAAGGAGAAGGAGCCGCCUGGACAGACCCUGCACUGGGGGCCCGAGGCCACAGAAGCCGCGGGUCGGGGUCUGCAGCCCCUGAAGCUGGACUACCGUGCCCUGGCCGCCGUGCCCAGCGCUGGCAGCGUGCAGAGGGUACCGUCUGGAGCAGCUGGAGGGAAGAUGGCUGAAUCCCCCUGCUCCCCUAGUGGCCAGCAGACAAAACCAGGGGUGAUCCAGCUAUUGGCUCAGGCCUGGCCAAGGGGCUCCCCAGCCCCCAGGGGCAGGGGUUGUCCCCACUCCCCGCCCUCCCCGCCUUCCCCGGAUGAGCUGCCCACCAAUGUGAAGCAGGCCUACAGGGCCUUCGCAGCCGUGCCCACCUCUCACCCUCCUGAGGAUGCCCCUGCUCAGGUGUGUGGGGGCAGCACCCUUCCCUGCUGCGCGUGGUUGGGGUGGGUGCCCGGGGGCCCCAGUGUCCCGGAGGAAUGCCAGCCAAACCUCAAGGUCCGCUCCCGCCAGCCCCCCACGCCUGGGCCUGCAGCCUCCCCGGAGCAACUGUCCUUCCGGGAGCGGCAGAAGUACUUUGAGCUGGAGGUGCGCGUGCCCCAGGCCGAGGGCCCCCCUAAGCGCGUGUCCCUGGUGGGUGCUGACGACCUGCGGAAGAUGCAGGAGGAGGAAGCCAGAAAACUACAGCAGAAGAGAGCACAGAUGCUGCGGGAGGUGGCAGAGGCCGGGGCAGAAGCGAGGCUCGCCCUGGAUGGGGAGACGCUGGGCGAGGAGGAGCAGGAGGGUGAGGAGCCACCCUGGGCCAGCCCCAGCCCCACCUCAAGGCAAAGCCCAGCGUCCCCCCCACCCCUGGGAGGCGGCGCCCCAGUGCGGACGGCUAAAGCUGAACGGCGCCACCAGGAACGGCUGCGCGUGCAGAGUCCGGAGCCACCGGCACCCGAGCGUGCCCUGUCCCCUGCCGAACGCCGGGCCCUGGAGGCCGAGAAGCGUGCGCUGUGGAGGGCGGCCAGGAUGAAGUCGUUGGAACAGGACGCUCUCCGAGCACAGAUGGUCCUCAGCAGGUCCCAGGAGGGCCGGGGCACACGGGGGCCCCUGGAGCGACUGGCCGAGGCCCCUUCCCCUGCGCCCACCCCGUCGCCCACCCCUGUGGAAGACCUCGGCCCCCAGACCAGCACCUCCCCGGGACGCCUGCCCUUGUCUGGAAAGAAGUUUGACUACAGGGCCUUUGCAGCCCUGCCUUCUUCCAGACCUGUCUAUGACAUCCAGUCGCCGGACUUUGCUGAGGAGUUGAGGUCCCUGGAACCAUCUCCCAGCCCUGGCCCGCAGGAGGAGGAUGGAGAAGUGGCUCUGGUGCUUCUGGGCAGGCCCUCACCCAGCGCUGUGGGCCCUGAAGAUGUGGCGCUGUGCAGCAGCCGCCGCCCCGUAAGGCCUGGGCGCCGUGGCCUGGGCCCUGUGCCCUCCUAGAGGAGCAGGCGCUUCCCCCAGACUUGGGGUGGGGCCCCUGCCAGCUCCAGCACCACCCUUGCCCCAAGUCUUUUAACCUGGGUGUUUGUUAGCAUUUUAAAGAGACCCCACAGGGGUUCUGGCCUCUGACUAACUGCCCCACCCCAGCCGAGGCCUCGGCGAGACUGUAACUAGUGAUGUUUGUACAACCAAAGACUCUAUUUUGUGGUUUAAGGAGAAUAAAGUUGACUACAUUUUA